UGGCAUCCUGGUAGAGCUGGAGAGGAGGCAAGCGGGCUUGCUGGGCGUUUUGGUCGCGGCUGUCACUGCGCCCGAGCAUCCCCGGGCUUUCCAGAGCAGACAAGCCGGCCGUGCUGGCAGCCACAGCCCUGCGCCCCUCGCAGAGCCCGCGGAUCCCCGUUCGGGCUAGCGUCCAGGACUUAGCACAAAGCACGUUUCCCAAAGCAGCACAGCGAGCGCCCGAUCGCGCGCCGGCGCACGCACCCCUACUCUCCUUUGUUCCCGGGGUCGGCGGCCGCCCUUCUCCCCACGUCGGAAUCUCCUCCCGGGGUGGCGGGCCGCCGAGUGCAGCUGCGAAGAUGCCCUUGGAGCUGACACAGAGCCGGGUGCAGAAGAUAUGGGUGCCCGUCGACCACCGGCCCUCGUUGCCCAGAUCUUGUGGGCCGAAGCUGACCAACUCCCCGACGGUGAUUGUCAUGGUGGGCCUCCCCGCCCGGGGCAAAACUUACAUCUCCAAGAAGUUGACUCGCUACCUCAACUGGAUUGGUGUCCCAACGAAAGUGUUCAACGUGGGCGAGUACCGCCGUGAGGCCGUGAAGCAGUACAGCUCCUAUAACUUCUUCCGCCCCGACAAUGAGGAAGCCAUGAAAGUCCGAAAGCAGUGUGCCUUAGCCGCCCUGAGAGAUGUCAAAAGCUACCUGACAAAGGAAGGGGGACAAAUUGCAGUUUUCGAUGCCACUAAUACCACUAGAGAGAGGAGACACAUGAUCCUUCAUUUUGCCAAAGAAAAUGAUUUCAAGGCGUUUUUCAUUGAGUCUGUGUGUGACGACCCGACAGUUGUGGCCUCCAACAUCAUGGAAGUUAAAAUCUCCAGCCCGGAUUACAAAGACUGCAACUCGGCAGAAGCCAUGGACGACUUCAUGAAGAGAAUCAGUUGCUACGAAGCCAGCUAUCAGCCGCUGGACCCCGAUAAAUGUGACAGGGACUUGUCACUGAUCAAAGUGAUUGACGUGGGCCGGAGGUUCUUGGUGAACAGAGUUCAGGACCACAUCCAGAGCCGCAUCGUCUACUACCUGAUGAACAUCCACGUGCAGCCCCGCACCAUCUACCUGUGCCGGCACGGCGAGAACGAGUUCAACCUCCAGGGCAAGAUUGGGGGGGACUCGGGCCUGUCCAGCCGGGGCAAGAAGUUUGCCAACGCCCUGAGCAAGUUUGUGGAGGAGCAGAACCUGAAGGACCUCCGGGUGUGGACCAGCCAGCUGAAGAGCACUAUCCAGACGGCAGAGGCGCUGAAGCUCCCCUACGAGCAGUGGAAGGCGCUCAACGAGAUCGACGCUGGUGUGUGUGAGGAGCUGACCUACGAGGAGAUCAGGGACACCUACCCUGAGGAGUACGCGCUGCGGGAGCAGGACAAGUACUACUACCGCUACCCCACAGGCGAGUCCUACCAGGAUCUGGUCCAGCGUCUGGAGCCUGUGAUCAUGGAGCUGGAGCGUCAGGAGAAUGUGCUGGUCAUUUGCCACCAGGCUGUCCUGCGCUGCUUGCUGGCCUACUUCUUGGAUAAGAGUGCAGAAGAGAUGCCCUACCUGAAGUGCCCUCUUCACACUGUCCUGAAACUGACGCCUGUCGCUUACGGUUGCCGUGUGGAAUCCAUCUACCUGAAUGUGGAGUCAGUGAGCACGCACCGGGAGAGGUCAGAGGAUGCAAAGAAGGGACCUAACCCGCUCAUGAGACGCAAUAGUGUCACCCCACUAGCCAGCCCCGAACCCACCAAAAAGCCUCGCAUCAACAGCUUUGAGGAGCAUGUGGCUUCCACUUCUGCUGCCCUGCCCAGCUGCCUGCCCCCGGAGGUGCCCACGCAGCUGCCCGGACAACCUUUGCUAGGGAAGGCCUGUCUACGAACUGUCUGUCACAUUUUCUCAAAGUUUUCUCCUUACUAACCUUGGAAAGAACAUGAAAGGCCCCCGCGGUGGCGCCGACUCCUCCAGGGAGCACUGAAGCAGACGCAUCCGGUUCCGUUCCAUUUCCACUUCUGCAGCUUAGCUUGUGCCCACCCAUCGACCUGAGGCCAAAACAAUCCCCAGGACUUCUGAACCAGGCUGGGUGGAUGAGAAGGGGAGACUGCUGGCUGGAGAGCAGCUGCACCCCACGGUUCCGAGAUGGCCGAGACAGCAGCCACGUGGAUCCCUGCUCAGGCUGCGAGCUGCGGGCCUCGCCACGCUCCUGGGCCUUCCAGGGUGUCUGGCCUCAAGUCCUUCCACCAGUCUUGAGGAGGACAGUGAGCAGUGGAGGAGGUGAGACACUGAUCGGGGACACUGGCCCCCACUGUGCUGUUUUGUUCUGUUUCUGUGAUCCUGGCCUGGCGUUUUCUUAGCUGGGGAGAUAUGACUGGCAGAGAAUCCCGAAGUUAAAGGAGGGCGAGAUCCUAGCUGCUGACAGUCGAGAGAUCUUUGAAAACUCACAUGGCUCUUUUGUGCAUCUUGGCCUGGGGAGAUGCCUCGUGGAGAGAGACUGAGUGGGGACUUCUCCUGAAAAGUCUCUGAGCUGAUGUUGGCCUGUCAGCUGAGCAGCGACUUGCUUGGAAUUCCCUCAUGUUCCCUCGCCUCCCCAGCCCUGAGUUCAAGAACAGACCGACCGUGUUGGUAAAAGGAGGUAUUUGGCAAAAAUGCAACAGAUGAGCAGGGCUUCCUCUCCCAGGGGCCCUGGGGUCCCUCUGUUCCCUACCUGGACCUGGAGGUGCUCCAGUGAAUCGCUCUCCCGGAGCUGCUUGCUUUUGCACGUUUUCAGGUGACCUGAAAGUCACACCUCUUCAGGACUUAAAGCUGGGGCGUGAGGCCCUCGGAGGCUUAGAGCCUCCAGAUGUGAGGAGUCGGGCAGACCCAUGAGAUGGGGAAGCUCGGAGCAUUUGAAUCGUUGCAAGACCGACCCUGUGCAAUGGCAUGGAGCAGAGCCAGCCUCCUCCUGGAUGCUCGUCACCUCCCAUGUCCCUGGGUGGAGUCGAUGGCCCAAGCUAGGCCCAUUCCAGGCUGCUUCCUCCAAGAGAUCGCCUGCACAUUUUUGUCAGGUGCCUACUGUGUGCCUGGCACCACUCUGGGUACCUUGGGGAUUUCAGAAGAUCAAAUGUCAUCCUUGCCUUGCCUCGCUGGCAUCUAUGACUGUUUGCAGGGAUUGAAAACAGGGCUUAUGGGACAUGUGGUUCUAGAUACCUGUAGUUUCUGUCUGUUGGUCUCUCCUCCCUCGUUGCCUCAAAACAUGGGAUAGGAGAGGGUAUCUUAUGCCCAGAAGAAACUGUUUGGAAACUCAGCAGUACUGUUUGUCCAAAUGACCCUUUAAGGAUGUCUCAAAGCUGGUGCCAAAGGUCACUUUUCUUCUCACCUUCUGCUGUGGACCCUGGGACCAUGCCCUUCAAGGGAACAGGUCCUGGGGUGAGGGUGGGGACGUAGACACGUGAAGCUGAGAGCGGAGAGAAGAGCUGCUUUGUUCAUUGAGAGGAACCCUUAGAGACUGCACGUUUCCCUAACUGGGAUUAAGUGGGACACAGGGACACGCUUCAGAUACUGCACGAUUGAGUUCCAUGUUUUUUCACACCUAACCCUUCAAUUCUUUCCUGCCCACCCCACCCCUUUUUAACUGGCAGUCUUCCAGAGAGCAAGACUAUCUAGGUGUACAGUCCUUACAGUGUAAGACUUGGGGUCCUUUUUUUCCCCCAGUAUCUUGAGUCACGUCAGGUUGUGUGUGUGGCACACGCAUGUGCACAAACGUUUAGAUUGGUCUUAUUUUGGGACCUGCGGGCCCUGCAGCUUUGCACCUGAGGGUGGUCUUGUAGAUGCCACCCCCGCCCUAUUCUGUAUGAUCUGAUACAGUCGGGGCUCCAGGAGGGUGUGUCCGGCUCACCCCUGACGACCCGGUAUCAAUACGUACACGAAGAGGGCUUUGCCUAACAUAGGACUUCAGUUUGGUGAGAGCCUAGGUGGGGAGAGCACGUGGAUAGGGUUGGGGAGGGGAGAUCUUGGAGAAGGGAGAAUUCUGCUUCACUCGAAAGCCAGUAGCCUGACUUUGGAAGGGACGUCGACUGGUGGUUGCAUCUGACAUGUAGUCGUGGAACCUCUGCUUCUCCUGUCCACCCCCCACCAAAAGAAAACAAAAUGAAACAAAACUGGGACCAAUUUUUUUAACUUUGCGUAUUUGUUUUUUGGGUAAGUUUCCCCCCUCCUUCGACCAUGGGCAAAGCAUUUGGGGAAGAAGAAAAACUGUUUGAACCACACCAAUGAUAUUUUCGUUUGUAAUACUUGAAAUUUAUUUUUUUAUUAUUUUGAUAGCAGAUGUGCUAUUUAUUUAUUUAAUAUGUAUAAGGGAGCCUAAAAAUAGAUUCUGUAUAGAUUGGGUUUAAUUGUUAACUGGUUUGGGGGCCUCUUAUGUGUGACUUACGACUCCUGUGUUCUGUAUAUUUUGUAUAUUUGUCUGAAUUAAUGACCUGGAAUGAAGCUGUGCUAGCUUUUAAACAGGGGAUGCCUUUGAAAAUUUGUAUAUUUUGCAUUUGCCAGAUCAAUAAAAUACCUGGUUGAAAUACA